ACGAGGAUUACGUGUCUAUGGAAAAAUGUUUUGGAAGUUUAUUAUUCUCAUUUUCAAGUAUGCAGUAAUUUUCCACCACAUGAAGAUGUCUUAGUGUUCUAACUCUGUAACACAUUGGAAAUUCCGAAACAAACAUGGCGUCACUGCGUUUCCCUUUCGUGUUUUCACGACCCCAACCACCUAAACCCCCACGCCAUUUCUCCAAAAUCGCUGCUGCUGCCGCCACCGCCGCUGCAUUCGCCGCCGUCUCUUCCAAUGACCGCCACCGCCUCUUUCUCCAGAAUGCCUUGAAUUCGAUCUUCUCUUCUGACAACUCAUUGCCCCUCUGGGGUUCCCUCAGUUUGGCCGACAGUGGGGCUCCAGUUGUUGAAUCAAAGACCGGAUCCUCUUUCCCUUCUGUUCUAGAAGCUUCUCAGAAACUAUGUGGAAUUGGGUUGCGGAGGAAAUGCAUUUUGGGAUUGAAGAACAUUGAUGUAUAUGAAUUUGGUGUUUAUGCUGAUGAUAAAGACAUAAAGAGAUGUCUUUCUGAGAAAUAUGGGAGAUUUUCUGCGUCCCAAUUGAAGGGCAAUAAGGAGUUUACUGAAGAUCUUCUCGAAAAUGAUAUACCUAUGACAGUAAGGCUUCAAAUUGUUUAUAGCAAAUUGAGCAUUAACUCUGUGCGUAGUGCAUUUGAAGAGUCUGUAGGAAUCAGAUUGCAAAAAUAUGGGGGAUCAGACAAUAAAGAAUUACUUCACAGGUUUACUUCACAGUUUAAAGAUGAAAUCAAAAUACCUCGUGGAUCUGUAAUCCAUCUCACAAGAGAGAAGGGUCAUGUUCUUCGUACAACGAUUGAUGGGCAAGAAGUGGGAAGCAUCCAGAGUAAACUCCUAUGUAGGUCAAUCCUAGAUUUAUAUGUUGGCGAGGAUUCAUUUGAUAAACAAGCCAAAGAAGACAUAAAGUUCAACAUGGUUUCUUACCUCCAAAGUUAAACUGCUCAAUGAAAAUCUUCUCUAAGACAUUGGUUCAUCCUCGUUACCUCCAUGCCUGUAGUAAUUUUUAUUUGAUAAAUCCCUUGGGCUUCAAGAUUGAUAUACCAUGAAUUUAGUCAUAUCUCAUUAUUAUCUUUUAGCUUGCAACUUUUUUUAGCUUUGACUAUAAAAUGUCAUUCAUUUUAUUUUUUCCCAACUCGGGAAGAUUUACCCUGUAGAAGGGUAACCUAUUUGAUGUUAAGAGAUAUUAUUGUAUCUAUUUUUGGACACCGAUGAUGCUUUUCGGUAUAUAUCACCCCUAAUCAAACUAA